AUGUCAAUUUCCGAGGAGCAGUGGGAUGGAGUUGGACCAGUAACACCUCAGGAGAAGUCACAAGAUCAGCAGAAACUUAGCCCGGAGGAAAGUUUUGAUAAAAGUGAGGCCAUGGCCAACAUAAGGAGGAGUUAUGGAGAUCUUCGGGGCACGGAAUUGAAGGUCUGUCUACUUUCUUUCUCAAUCUUCCCUGAGGGUUCUGAGAUAAGAAAGAGGCCUCUAAUUUACUGGUGGAUCGGCGAGGGCUUCAUCACGGCUACCAAAGAGAAGACAGCAGAGGAGAUAGGAGAAGACAUCUUUGCAAAACUCUUGAGAAAGGACUUGAUUCAACCAGCUCCAGGUCAGUCCAACUGUGAAUUACUUGUCAAAAAUUGUAUUGUUCACCCUUGGAUUCGUCGUAUGUUGAUCUCCUUGGCUAGAGAGGCUAAGCUGUUCGACUUCGAUCCCAAAUGGCCAAUGAUGCCAUCUGAUUCUAUAUCGACUUGUAGGCGUUCAUGUUUAGUUUCUAAGGUGGAUAAGUCAAUAACUCAGGGUGAUGAUCAAUUGAAAAAUCUGUUGACAGUAUUCAAUGUAAACGUUCAAUAUCUUGAUUUGAAACAAGAAUGGCUCGACAAGUUGAAGAGGGUUGAAGUUCUUCACUUUGGACGGUGGCAGAGCUCCCCCAAAUAUCACAUUGAAGUGGAUCAGAAAACAUUUGAUGGUUCACAAGCUGUAUCGUUUCUAAAUGGUUUGGGAGCUCAGAAGCACUUGAAGUAUCUUAGCCUCAGAGGAAUAUCGAGAAUUAGCGAACUCCCUGCUUCUAUUCGCAGUCUUAUCAGCCUUGAAAUUCUCGAUCUGAGAGCAUGCCAUGACUUGGAGAGGUUGCCUUCAGACAUCUCAUCAUUGAAGAAGCUCACGCAUUUGGAUGUAUCAGAGUGUUACUUACUAGAAGGCAUGCCCAAAGGGCUUCACAAACUUUCUUCCCUGCAAGUACUUAAAGGUUUUCUGAUAGGAUCACAGGAAAAAACUCCCACCAAACUUGGUGAACUUGCGACAUUGAAGAAGCUAAGGAGGCUCAGCAUACACAUUGGGAAUGGGGCUGCAAUUCAAGCAGGGGAGUUUGAAAAGUUGAAAGUUAUGUCAUCUCUUCGCUUCCUGAAAGUAUCAUGGGGAGUGGUUUCUAAAAAUUUAACAGAGAUUGAUGAUGAGUCCUCGAAAUUCUUGUUUCCAGAGAAUUUAGAAAAAUUGGAUCUUCAAGGGUUUUCUCUACCAAAGGCACCAGAAGGGUUGAAGCCUAGCAAACUGAAAAAUUUAAAGAAGCUCUAUAUAAGGGGUGGGGAGCUUCAGAGCUUGGAUCUUGAGGAAAAUGAGCCGCUGUGGAAAGUGGAAAUCUUGCGUCUCAAGUACUUGGAGAAGUUCAUAAAAUCAGAAGAAGAAGUGAAGAGAAUUUUUCCUCAUCUGAAGUACUGGACAGUGGAUACAGAGAACUCCAGUAAAGCUGAAGGCUAG